GGUUAUCAAUAAUCCUGAUCCCGUUUCCAGUCAUAUUUACUAUUGUUAAACUAUAUCGUUUCUUUUUUUUCCUUACUAGUAUAAUAAUAAAUAUUUCUAUUUCCUAGUUAUUGUUUCCACAAAACAUCCGCAUCACCUUGUAAUACUCAUGAACUCUGCCAACCGUAUGGUUUGACGUUGAAUGCGUUACAAAUUGUGAAUACCGGCGAAAUGUAAGACCAUCAUAGUCUGUCGGAAGAGGAUUAAAUAAAUCGUAAAAGAAGUUGAACGGAUUUAAAAUAUACUAGUAAUGACACAUACUUAGAGAUUUGUACAAAAAUUAUCAAUUGUUAACAUUUCAAUUAUGGCUGAUACAAAAAGAUCUAAUCUAACCGCAUUGAAUGGUCUAUCAUUAAAUGCAUCAUUGAAAUCCAACCCAACUAAAAAAUUGGUUGUAAAAAAUCUCAAAAGUAAACCAAUGUUACCAGAUAAUUAUCAAGAACAAACAUGGAAGAAAUUACGCGAAGCUGUUAUUGCUAUACAAACCUCAACCGCUAUUCGCUACAGCAUGGAAGAACUGUAUCAAGCUGUAGAAAAUAUGUGUAAUAAUAACUUAGCAGCAGCAUUAUAUAAUAAUCUUAUUGAACUUAGUGAAGCACAUGUUAAAAAAUUGUUACUUAACUUUACUGAAGUUACCAAUGAUAAAAUCAUAUUCUUAAAAAAAGUAAAUCACCACUGGUCGUCACAUUGUGAACAAAUGUUAAUGAUACGCAGUAUAUUCCUAUAUUUAGACCGUACUUAUGUACUUCAAAAUCCUAAUGUCAACUCAAUUUGGGAUAUGGGUUUGAAUUUGUUUCGUCAUCAUAUCAUGUUAAAUACCAAUGUUCAGAAUCGUACAGUUGAUGGUUUGUUACUACUCAUAGAAAAAGAAAGGCAAGGUGAUAUGGUAGACAAAACUCUGCUUAAAUCUUUACUUAGAAUGCUUUCAGACUUAAAAAUUUAUCAAGAUGCUUUUGAAGGAAAGUUUUUGCAGGCUACUGAACGUCUUUAUGCUACUGAAGGUCUACAAUUUAUACUUGAACUUGAAGUUUCUGAAUAUUUAUAUCAUGUUGAAAAGCGUCUGAAUGAAGAAAGUGAACGGCUCUUCCAUUAUUUAGAUACUUCUACAAGGUGGUCAUUAAUACAUACAGUUGAAAAACAAUUGAUAAGCGAGCAUGUUCACAUUAUACUACAAAAAGGAUUGGAUCAAUUGCUCAAUGAAAAUAGACUGGACGAUCUGAAGUUGAUGUAUAGCUUAUUGACACGUGUUAAAAAAGGACUAACUGAACUUUGUAUACACUUUAAUGGUUAUAUCAAAAAACAUGGACGGACUAUUGUUAUAGAUCCAGAAAAAGACAAGACUAUGGUACAAGAAUUAUUAGAUUUCAAAGACAAAAUGGAUGUAAUUGUUAAAAAAUGUUUUCAAGCAAAUGAAAAAUUUGGUAACAGUUUAAAGGAAGCAUUUGAAAAUUUUGUCAAUCAACGAACUAACAAGCCAGCUGAACUCAUAGCUAAAUUUGUUGAUUCAAAGCUCAAAGUUGGUAAUAAAGAAGCUACAGAAGAAGAGCUUGAGAAACUUUUGGAUAAAAUUAUGGUUCUGUUUCGGUUCAUACAUGGCAAAGAUGUUUUUGAAGCAUUUUACAAGAAGGAUCUUGCUAAAAGAUUGUUACUUGGUAAAUCUGCAAGUGUAGAUGCUGAAAAAAGUAUGCUAUCCAAAUUAAAACAAGAAUGUGGUGGAGGGUUUACAUCUAAACUCGAAGGCAUGUUUAAAGAUAUGGAAAUAAGUAAAGAUAUUAAUGUGGCUUACAAACAGUAUUUAGGAAAUGUUAAAGACAUUCAACUGUCUGGUAUUGACAUGACAGUCAAUAUACUGACUAUGGGGCAUUGGCCAACUUAUGUUGUUAUGGAAGUGUCUAUGCCUAAUGAAAUUAUUCAAUAUCAAAACUGUUUUAAUAAGUUUUAUCUAGCCAAACACAAUGGCAGGAAAUUACAGUGGCAACCUACUCUAGGCCAUUGUGUGCUACGCUCCUAUUUCAAGCAGGGUAAUAAAGAACUACAAGUUAGUUUAUUCCAAGCUAUGGUGCUUUUAUUAUUUAAUGAAUAUCAAAUGCUUCAUUUUAAAGAUAUAAAAAAUAUAACCAAUAUGGAAGAUUCAGAGUUGAGAAGAACACUUCAGUCAUUGGCUUGUGGUAAAGCAAGAGUUUUGAUAAAGGUGCCAAAAGGAAAAGAAAUAGGUGAUAUUGAUCAGUUUACACUGAACAAUGAUUUUUAUAACAAGCUCUAUAGAAUUAAAAUUAAUCAAGUGCAGAUGAAAGAAACAAAUGAAGAGCAAAAGGCGACUGAGGAACGAGUAUACCAGGAUAGACAGUAUCAAAUGGAUGCAGCCAUUGUAAGAAUUAUGAAAAUGCGCAAAUCACUCAUGCAUAAUCUUCUGAUUAGUGAACUGUUCAAUCAGCUGAAAUUUCCCGCUAAGCCAGCUGAUCUUAAGAAACGUAUUGAAUCACUCAUUGAUCGAGAUUAUAUGGAGAGAGAUAAAGAUAAUCCUAAUCAAUAUAAUUAUAUUGCAUAAUAUUUUCAGUUUGCAUAUAUGAUUUCUUUAAUAUAUUUUUUAUUAUGUCAAUGUAUAUUAUCAAAUUUAUUUGUAUAUAUGUAUUUGUUUAUAGAGAAAAUAUACUGACACAAGAUUUUCCCUGGCUAAAGUAUAUAAUAUAUUUGUGAUGUGAUUGCAUGGGGAUAAUAGUUUGGUUGCUUGAUCAUAAAAUGUAUCUUGUUUUUACAUUAGUAGUAAAUACAGUAGAUGUUUUAUCUUUUGAAA